GAAUUCCACCCUUCACAAAUUGCCCUUAGUGUUUUGCAACAGGUGGAACUGCAACCUGUUGAUCAGCAUGGAGUACAAUUUCCUGUCCUACCUAUACCCCACCCACCAGAACAAUUGAAGAGUGCUGAAAACACCUCAGCAAAUACUAUUCCAUCUAACAAAAGUGCUAUGUUGGAGGAACUUGACCCUGGUCCAAAAACUAUAGAGGAAGAUACUGAGGAGAUGUGGUCUGAUGAAGGUUACUUAAGUCCAAUAGGCGAAGAAGAUUCCUUUUCCUCUCCAAUACUGGAUGAUAAAGCAAGAAAACUCUUAAAAGAUACUCCUCUUGACACUCCUGCUGCAAAUACUAGAAAGGGGACUUCAAAAGCUAAGCCACCAAAACCACCUAAUGCUAAGAAGUCUGGCAAGGCCAGAACUUCUUCCCCUUCUCAAAUUAAUUGAUGGAUUCCACACUUGUGUGGAAU